CAAAUUGUAGUGGUCCCGACGAUAGUAGUUGUUGCAGGGCGUUUGCUGCGAACGAAAGUGGUGGCAGCAAAUCUAAACUUACUAACAAAUAACACAUACUAAGUGUGUAGUGCGACAGCCUGGCUGAGAAAGUGCAAAAAUUAGUAUUUCUCUGGAAGUGCUUGGUUAAAUAUUUUGUAUUAACAAUAAAUCCAAAACAUCCACCACUGAGCAGCGCCUGCGCACUACUGCUAUUGGUAGAGGUACUGCCACACUAAUACCACUACAAAGUGCUUAACGGCCGCAACACCCAAAAGCUGUUACAAAAGUUAACUGCACUCAUACCAAAAACGUUAAGUGAGAGAGCAGUUAGGAGAGAGCGUACAACUAGUGUUGCCAAAGCGCAAUACAUUGAGACAAUCGCAUACCUGAACAUACACAUAUCUAAUCGCAGGUAACUGUGCUUUUGUAUGCGCAAGAGUAGUGAUUGAAGUAUUGAAAAGGUCGCAUGCAAAGCAAACAGUAAGAAAUAAUAAAAUAGAAGCGGUAUAACGGAAGUGAUGCCCUUUGGUGCAUUACCAGAAAGGAUUAAAUAUACAAGAGUAUUCUAGUUCCAGUUAGUGGAACUUUUUCUAGCCCAUAGCCAAGAGCUAAAUACCCUCAAGAUAGCAGCGGUUGAGUACGAGCCCGCAGGAAAUGUGGGUGACAUGGCGUUCUCACGCCACAACAUCGAGAAGCGACGUCUCAUCGAAUUGGUACGCUUGAAUGCGAUACUGUGGGACUGUCGCCUACCGCACUACAAGCGCUCGGAUAAGAAAAAGGCGCUGAAAUGGAACGAGUUGGGUCGAGUUUUUGGUGUUAGUGGUGAGCGUGUGCAGCGCACAUUCACCUCGCUGCGUGAGAUAUUUCGCCGUGAGUUGAAUCAUGAGAAAAUGCUGGGUACACGUUUCAAGUCCAAGUGGGAGUAUUAUGACGCGAUGGCUUUCCUAAAGGAAGUCAUAAGGGAACGAAAAUCACGUGAGCGCAAUAAAAUGUCGGCCGAUGCACAGGCGCAACAACAAACGCAGCAACAUCAUAGCAAUAACAAUAGCAGCGCAAUCGAUGAGUAUCAGUAUUUCGCGCCGAAUGAUCCCAAUAAUCCCAACAACCAACAGCCAGCGCUGGUCAACGACCCGAAACAACAGCAACUACAGCAACCACAAUAUCAAACAUUGCCGCAGCAGCAACAACAGCAGCUUCCGGUUGGUUUGUCCUUUCCAACACAGCUACACUUGCAACAAUUGGCGCCGUUAAAUGAGUCACCACAUUCGCAGCCGCCACCAACGCCGCAUGCCACAGCGCUGACUGCCGCGUCUCAACUGCCACAACUACCACAACAGCCCUUGCAGAACAUGCAAUCCGACGUGAUCCUCAACCUGAAUACGAACGCGAUCUCAACAUUACAAAAUCUCGGCAACGGAAAUUCAUCUUUGACUAGUAAUUCCAGACCGCCUUCUCAGCCGCAACAACAAGUACAAUCAGCCUUACAACCGGCGCAGCCACUGCUGCAGAUGCAGUCACAGCCGGCGCCACCGGGCACGCAAUCGCUCGUAGCUAUUUCGAGUUCUCGCUCGUCGGCCUCAAGUUCGCCCUCGAUUUACAUUAAAGAGGAGCCAGAUUCGCCUGAUACACUCUCACUCACCACUAUCACCAUAAAUGAACACAACUCAGCGUAUUCACCACGGCACAAUGCAAUACUAACCCCAACCACAAAAAGCAAGCAUUGUCAAAAUUUAAAUACUCAUCCUAAAGUUGGCUUGCCAAGCAAUAACGUCACAAACAGCAAUGGCGUUUUUAAAGCUCAAUCUAAAACCCAUAUACCCGGCUCUUCCGCGAGUCUUAUAAUCGACGAAGACUUCGCUGAGCCCGAUGUCGAGCUAGACGAUCUCGAUGAUCCGGACGUGGAUAUGCUCGACGACGGUCGGCUCUCGCCUGCGACCACUUAUACUCUCGGCAUGGCAGAGAAACCAAGUCACCCAUCGGCGCGUGAAAUACUCUAUACCAAGUUCGGUGACUUUUUGGCUGCACGUCUUAAUACUCUAAAUGAGACUGUCGCUAAUGAUCUGAUGAAUCGCAUACUCCUGCUAAUCGCUGAAAAGUAAAAAGAAAUUGAUGUUACUGUUCUUCAUUACAUGGAUUUUUAAAGACUCUAUGAGCGCUAAAUGUGCUACUAACUCAUAUACCAAAUAUAGAUUCCGAUUCUCAUAUUAGUUUAUAAUAAAUAUUUUACUAUAUGCAUAUAUACAUAGAUCUGUAAAAAGUACUGUAUAAGUGGCAUUUGCACACUGUAUUUCUAUAAGAAAGUUCAAUCUGCAUGAGUCUGAAUAUAAAUCUCUAAGUCAUAUCAACUGACCAUAAUCAUAGAGUAAGAAUAAAACUAAAUAAAUGUACCUAUGUCAUAUGCAA